AUGAUUUUUGGAUUUUUUGCUUUGUUAUCUACAUUUAUAUCAGCAGAAACAACCACAAGUGAAGUAACAAGAGAUUAUUGCUCUCUUCCUGAUCCAAUAUAUGCAGAUGGUGUUUCUGCAGCAGAUUUUGGGGCUACUGGUUGGAGUUAUACUAACGCCGCUAACUGGGCAGGUAAUUACAAAUAAUCAAUUAAGAUUUUGUUGUAACAUGUGGGGGUAGUUUCUAAUCACCAAUUGAUAUUAUAACAAGUGGCACUACUCAGGAAGCUGUACAACCUCAAAUAAAUUAUUAAAGUAAGGAUGCGGCUGUUGGAUAUGAAGAAGCAAACAGUAAUUUAUUUGAUGACAUAAUUUUAGAACCAUAUACCAAAGAAUAUGAAGGAGAGUAUUCAGAGAUAGAAGUAACUGAUGCUUCUGGUUCAAUUAUACGUUAUUAUGCCAAAUAAUUCCACAUUCAUACACCAUCAGAACAUACCAUCGAUGGAAAAUAUUAUGAUUUGGAAAUCCAUUUUGUUCAUUAAGUACAUAUAUAUCUUAUCAUUUAAGGCUAUUUAAGAUGAUGAAUAAGAUUGUAAUAAAGUGAAAAAUAAAUUAACUGUCUUUGGACUAAUGUUUUAAGAAUCUUAAAGUGCUGUUGAUUAUGAUGUCUUUAAACCAUGGUUUGAUUCAAAUGCUACUGGUGAAGUCGAAUCCUUCGAUUUAAAGUAAUCCUUUUAAACUUAAUUUAGUGAUUUCUUUUAAAAAAUGUCUGAUACAACCUAUUAUCAUUAUAAUGGAAGUUUAACUACACUUCCAUGUUCAUAAACUGUAAAUUGGGUAGUAUUCUAAUAACCGUUACCAAUUUCAUCAACUUAAUUAAAACAAUUCUAAGAUUUCCUAAGUGACUCUACUCUAUUUCCAAUAAAACAUAACAAUAGACCCAUAUAACAUUUAAAUGGUAGAAAGAUUUUGAAAGGAGUAAUUUAUAUUAUCAAAUAUAAUUAGACUGCUAUUACAGCAAGUGUAAGUGAAAUACCAGAUGUCGAAGCAUCUUUUGUUUAAACACUUUCUAUGGCUAUCAUGAUAAUGAACAUUUUGAUUUAAUGA